CUCCUCUGUGAUGUCUCCUGUCUGUCACAUCAUCACCAUGUGGAUUAGUUUGCUCUUUGUCCUGGCAGCUGCCAGUCCCGGUGGGAGCUGGGGGGGCUGCCAGCUGCCCCACGACUGGAGACCUCAGACAGAAGCGUGCCGUGCCGAGCUGGCGGAGAUCAUCGUGUUCGCCAAGGUGCUCGCGCUGCACAAGGAGUCCUACAGCGUGUACAACUACCUGCCGUGGCAGCACGACACCGACCUGCUCUUCUCCGCAGAGAUCGAGCUGCUGUGCGACCAGGCGUGGGGCAGCAUGCUGGAGGUCCCCGCCGGCUCCAGGUUCAACGUCAGCGGCCUGGGCUACUUACCGUGCUUCACCUACAGCGUCACCCCGAACAGCAACUACUACUUCUUCCUCAGGAUGGACGAGAACUAUAACAUCAUGCCACACGGAGUGAACUUCCAGGACCCCAUCUUCCCCGACACUCCGGAGAACCACCGCAUGUUUGCGAGCCUCUUCCAGUUUUCUAACUGCACACCUGGAACUCAAGUCCACAGCUUCACUCCGGAGUGGGAGGCUCAGGAGGACAGCCGGUUGUUGUGCUCCACCGUGCAGAAGGCUCUGUUUGAGGAAGAAGAGAGGGUGAAGACUCUCUCCCAGAAAGUGCGUUCUUUGGAGAAGGCCAAUGGCCACCUGAGGGAAAAGGUUAAGACCCUAAAACGUCUGCUACGCCAAGCCCAAAGGGAAACGACCAAGGAGCAGCAAACCCUCAGCUUUAAACAGCUCUAUGAGUCAAAGACGCCUCAAACUCAUCCUGACCAAGACACUGUCCAGGAUCAGAAGAACCAGCAGCUUAAAAAUGUCCAGACCAAGAAGAUAAAAAUCUAGAUUUUCUGUUUUUUUAUCAGUGACAAUCUGAAUAUUUUCCAUUUUGGAUUCAGUGGAAGAUAUAAG